GUAGACUAGAAUGGCAGAGAUCACACGACGUGUCAUUUACUAUACCAUACCUUUGGGCCUAGUCUUGUACUUAAUGUAGUUAAGGCUAGGCCCACAGGUAUGGUGAAUUGUCUCUAGAGAAAAUAUAUUUGUACACGUGGUGUAAUUAUAAAUAUACUACGUAAGCCAUUCGUUUCUAUUAAACAGCAAAGAUUGUAUUAUCGGUAGUUGGUAAGAAUACACCUCCCCGAUUUCACCGAAAUUCGAAAUCCCACGUUGUACUCGGAUCAAUAAACGUCAAUCGAAUUUGAAAGUUUGUUUAAUUUUAAACACAAGUUCCUUGUUGAUUUGUUACGUCACAACCUUUAUCAAUCCUCUUAUCGUGUUUCUUUUCGUAAGCGUAAUAUUAUAUACAACCAAGUUACCAGACGUCGAUAUAAUAAAUCAAAUAUACAUGUUGAAUUAAUAUUUAUAAAAUAUUGGGGAUGGUCGAGCAGUAAAGACACUAACAUGCCAUUCUGAAUGAAUAUCUUACGUUAAGUAUCGUUUCUUACCAUUAAUUGUAUACAUUUAUCGAAUUUAACGUGCAUAAAAAUAAGAUUUUAAGAAAUUUAAAGAAACUAGUCCUCAAAAUAAGCGUUGAAAACACCAGUUUACUAUUCUGUAUUAUCAUUAAAAAGUAAAGUAAAUUUUUAUACAUGUGUAGAGGCAUGUAUAUACUUUUUAACCCUGAAAUCUAUAUAAAUAUUUCCUUAAAUAAAAUAUAAUUAUUUUCAGCUUUACAUAAAUUUCAAACAAAAAAGAAACAAUUAUAAAAUCUAUCGAUAAAAUAUUAUUAAUAGAUAAACUUUAUCAUAAAUAUGAUAAGAUUUUUCGAUAAUUCUUAUAAAUAAGAUAUACAGAGUGAUACAAAUGUCAGAAUACACAAGCAAAGACACCAGUUUAUUGUGCAAUUACAUACAUAUAAAUCACUAAUUAUAAUCUGUAUAAAUGUAAUUUAAUUAAAUUUACAAAAAAGAGCAUUUCUUCCAACCCUGGCAAAACCUGAAAAUGAGUAAGUUAAUUUACCACGAGUGUUUGUGUGACUAGUUUUGAAUCACCCCGUAUAGUUAUUCUCCAACUUUCUCCAUUAGCCUGCGAACGACCAGCAAUACAUCGUUCAGCAUAAGGUGAAAGAUACAAAAGCCAAUUUCAAAGCAAUGAUUGUCUUCGUUGUGAUUUUCUUGUCAAUUCUUUGUUCAGAAAUAUUUGAAAUCUCCGAAUCAAACGGAUCAUCAGCUCGUCGCUUCGAAACAUUGUUCGAGAAGGUCCAAAGCAUCAAUGUUUUUAAAACGAAAAUACUCGAAAGUUAUCACGAAUGGGAUAGACGAUCGGCCGAAACGAUAGGUAUAAUAAAGCAGAUAGAAAAUUCAUUAAAAAUUUUAGAAGCAACAUAUAUUGGUAUGAUAAUAGGAGUAAUAAGUGCCAUCGCUGGAUACAUCUGUUCGAUAUUUGCCAUGAUUUUUUCUAACUACAAAGCUGUAUCUGACACUUUGAAGAGUGUAGGAGACAGUUUGAUAGACCCAGGGGAUAUAACUUUCGCAGGCUCUGCUAUUGUUAAUAGCGUGUUUACAGAAAAGGACUACAAGAAAGCCGAAACAACUUUGAAUACAUUAAUGACACUUACGCAAGAACUGGAAGACGAAAGAAAGAAAUAUUUCAGAUUGGUGAAAGAGUUUGAAACUAUACUGGAUGGGCUAAACGAAAAUGAGCUGAAGGUCCUUCGUAUUUAUUUAGAAAAAAAUGAGCUCGGUAAUGUGAUGAACGACGUCGAUUUAGAUCCCUCCGUUGUGGACAAUAUUCCUCCCAAUAUGCGAGAAAUGGAUCGCUUAAAGAUAAAUGAGGAUGUAAUUAAUAAAAAAAUAUUCGAAUUUAAUCUAAUUCGAAUAAUUUCGGAAGAAAUAAAGAAGGAUCCUGUAAUGGAACAUAUACUGCACAUUAUUUAUGAACGUGAGAAUGGUCAAAAUGCCUUCAACACUCUCCAAACUAUUCCCAGCUUCAAAUUCAUUGCGAAUGGCGUUGACUUAUUUGGCAACAAACUUCACGAUUUAAAGUAUUCACCGUUUCUCGAUGGUAUGUCUAAUGUUUUUUCUCUACUUGAAAAGACCUUGACUCUGACUCAUCUCAUUGCAAAACAGGAGGAAGUCAGUGCUCAAUGUGAAGAAAUUGGGCGCAUUGUUAAACAAUUAGAAGAAUAUAAAUCGGAUAUGAAGGAUAUUUUUAGGAUGACUUUAAAGUGGGAUUGCUUUCACGAGAAUUAACGUUGUAUUGAGAAUGGAAAACGCUACUAUCUUGUGUUGUUUUGGAUCACGAUGGGCUAUGAACCAUGAAACAAUUCACUCGGUGCUAAAGUUAUGACUUGACCAGUGCUUAUGUUUUGCAGCCUAUCACAAGUUAAGCCAGAUUUACAAUUUUGGCAGUGGAAUUGAAAGAAAUCGGUUCAAUGAGUUCGUGUCAAAUCGUGUACAGAAA